AAAAAAUAACGCUCAUGUAAAAACUAGUAAAAUAUUUGUCGUUGACGAAAUGUCAUUAAAUUGCAAUCGUCAAAAAAAAGUUGUGUGAAGCGAUCUAUUUAAUUGUUUUGUUUGCUUUAAUUGCUUUAAUUACUCGUAUUAGGCCAAAAAUUAUUGCAAGAUAAGUUGUGUCGGAUAAGUGGAAGUUCUACCUGUCGAUUAGUGUGCAUAAAUGUUGUUUUUAUGUUAUAAUUGUUGUGAUGUCGGCAGAUUUAUUGUAGGGUCCCGACAAUAACAAAUCUGAGAUGUUACCUAUACUUCUGUAUAAUAAUAUGGAUGGGGGCUCAAAUUCGUUGAACAACGCGCCGAAUACGUCGUUUGGGAGCGUAUACGAUGAAAGUAUUAUUUUGAAUUGUGUUAGAAAUAGAAAAAAGGUGUCGGAAUUGCCGAAUUGUCCUGUAUGCAGUUGUACAAUACGGCAGGGGGAGUUAGAUAGUCAUUUGUCUUUGGAAGUUGAGAGAUUACAAAAGUUGUCUGGAGGUGGAACUAAAAGGAAACUUAGUGCGACUCAGUCAAGUCUAGCGAUACCUGGGUCGAGUACCAGUUCUGAUGUGCAGGAUGACCAGGAAAUCGAUGUCUCUGGGUGUCCAGGCAGUGAUGUGUACCAGCGGGUUCACUCCAACCGCCUCCGCCGACUCCGAGCCCGAAGGCGAAGCACCCCGCCUCCCCAGCAAGGAGAAUGUCCCGUCUGCAACGCUACGCUACCAACGUCCCGGUUACAAAGACACGCGUUACGGUGUCUGAAGCGGACUGGGGCGGUCAUGGAUGAAGAUGUUCCUGAUACAAGCUCGGAGGAAGGCAGCAUUGACGUUGAGAACGACUCGCCAAGCGGUUUCGGCGCGGAGUACCAGUGGUGCGGAUCGUGGCGUGUGCGCGCCGCUGCGCUCCAAGAUUCGGAAGCACGCGCCGCCACUACUGUACGACGCGCGUCGCACGACCACGCACUGGUAAGUGAGAGAGAGAGAGUGCGCUGUGCGCUGGUGAGUGAGAGAGAGAGCGCUCUGCGCUGGUGA